UGCAGCCAUAGUAACACACAACUAAUACACUCAAAAAGGUCUCGUCUAAAAACAAUGCAGGCUGAGGAAUACAACCGCAGAGGUAAGGAGCUGGUGGACUACAUCACACAGUACCUGAGCUCCAUCAGGGAGAGGAAGGUGAUUCCAGAUGUGAAGCCAGGAUACAUGAAGGACCUUCUUCCUGACGCCGCCCCCACAGAGCCGGAGGACUGGGAGAGCAUCUUCAACGACAUCGAGAGAGUCAUAAUGCCAGGGAUGGUUCACUGGCAGAGCCCUCACAUGCAUGCCUACUUCCCAGGUCUGACCUCAUGGCCCUCCAUGCUCGGGGACAUGCUGGCUGAUGCCAUCAACUGUAUUGGAUUCACCUGGGCAUCCAGCCCAGCUUGUACAGAACUGGAGAUGAAUGUGAUGGACUGGUUAUGUAAAGCUCUGGGCCUCCCCUUCUUCUUCCUGCACCACCAUCCUGACAGCAGAGGAGGAGGAAUACUACAGAGCACCGUCAGUGAGAGCACACUGGUCGCUCUGCUGGCUGCAAGAAAAGACAAAAUCUUGCAGCUUCGCGCGGAGAUCGAUCAGGACGUAGACGACUCAGUCCUGAAUUCAAGACUGGUGGCCUAUGCCUCGGACCAGGCACAUUCCUCCGUUGAGAAGGCAGGUCUGAUCUCUCUGGUGAAGAUCAGGUUUCUUCCCACUGAUGAGCAGUUGUCUCUGAGAGGAGAUAUUUUAAAACAAGCCAUUCAGGAGGACAGGAGGAGGGGACUGGUUCCUUUCAUGCUGUGUGCGACUUUAGGAACCACAGGAGUGUGUGCUGAAGAGGGGCUGUGGCUCCAUGUGGAUGCUGCAUACGCCGGCUCAGCGUACUUCUGUCCCGAGCUCCGCUGGUCUCUGGAGGGUAUCGAAUUCUCUCACUCGUUUGUUUUCAACCCGUCCAAGUGGAUGUUAGUCCAUUUUGACUGCACAGCUUUCUGGGUAAAGGAUAAAUACAAGCUGCAACAGACGUUCAGUGUUGAUCCAGUUUACCUCAGACAUGAUAACUCACAGGCAGCCACCGACUUUAUGCAUUGGCAGAUUCCCCUCAGUCGACGUUUCCGUUCCCUCAAACUCUGGUUUGUUAUGCGCUCAUUUGGACUGAAAAACCUCCAGGCUCAUAUCAGACAUGGAAUUGAGAUGGCCAAGCUUUUGGAGUCACACUUGAGGAGUGACCAAAAUUUUGAGAUUCCUGCAGAGAGGCACCUGGGCCUGGUGGUCUUCUGUCUGAAAGGAGGAAAUGCUUUGACUCAGGAGCUUUUGAGGAGACUGACGCGCACAGGCAGCAUGUACCUCAUUCCUGCAGACAUUCACACCAAACGCAUCAUCAGAUUUACGGUGACAUCACAGUUCACCACAGCCGAUGACAUCCUGAAGGACUGGAACCUCAUCUCCAAAACAGCUUCAGUUCUUUUGGCUGAGACUAAAGCUCUGAAUAAGAGAGACCAAACAAACCCAGGGACAGAAGAGGUGACAGGAGCAGGAAAAAAACAAAACUUAGACUCAGACACCCUCGGUGAGGAGGCUGCAUCCAGGAAGGAUGGAGCUGAGGUUGAGCUGUGGAUCGACAAGGCAUGGGAUCGGGCGAGGAGGCCGAUGCGCUCUCUUAGCUGCAACAGCGAGCCUCUGCCGUGCACUUACAUCGGGCCGAUGUCUAGCUACGACUUUAGAACAAGACCUAUCAGUAAGGAUGCUGCAGGUGCUCUCCAAACACCAUCAUCUGGCCCUGUGUUAAAGAUCACAGAGAUGCCUUCAAAUGUUCUGGGAAACAAAGUCUUGAAAAAGCUGACAAAGUUCUACAGCGUGCCCAGUUUCUGCAACCAGUGGGUGCAGAGUGGCCGGCACCCGCUGUGCUGCCCUGUGAAGGUGUCACAGACGACUCAGAAACAUUUGUCCUCCACCUGCAGGAAAAUUAACUGCAUGUCUUGUUCUCCUGUGGCUAAAACAGGUCCAUCUCAGACUCAAAUGGAAACUGCCAAUGCACCUGCACUCCUUAAAGGGCCCUGAGAGCAGUAUUAGUUUAU